GUCUGAUGAGUCGGAUUCGGGCGAUGAAAUGGAUGACACGAAAAGUGAUUUCAAUUUAAGACGAGUCGCUGAAGAAGUGAUGGACAGCGAGACCAAGAAGAAGAGUGUUUGGAGUGAUUCCGACGACUAUAUCGAUGUGUCGGACGCUAUGAAGGACUGCCGAAAAUUACCGAAAAGAGUGGCCAAAGAAGACAAAUAUAAAGACUAUUUGGAGAAUAAAUUCAACGAUUUGUAUAAAACGCCGAAAUGGGCGCAAAUGGCAGACAAAGACAAGUCGAGUGACGACAGUGAUAGCGACGAAGACGUGGAUCAGACGGCGCAGAGGUUUAAGGCGAGGCCUCAAGGCCUGGAUAAGAGGUUUUUGGCGUUUAAGAAGUGCACGCAUUUGACAAAUGACCACAAAAUGAAGUCAUCGCUAAAUUGUGUUGAGUUUCAUCCGACAUCAACGGUGGCGAUGGUGUCGGCGCCCAACGGAACGGUACGCCUAUUCCAAGUGGACGGCAAAAUCAACGCCAGAAUACAAAGCAUUCAAUUCAAGGACUUUAUGAUAGAAACGGCG